AAAACAACGCCCAUGUGUACGAACGGGUAGGCAUUUGGAGCGCGAAAAAACAGUGAUAAAAUAUUGGAUAAACAGUGAUCGAACUCAAUUCGCACCACUCGUGUGAAGAAAGAAAUGACCGACAGCAAUAGCAGACGCAUUAAUCUCACCGCGACCGGAAAAAUGCCUUUCAAUCAUAACGAAAACAUUUCUCCGCUGGGGUCUGGAAUGCCGCAGAUAAAUAGUGUGAAUGCACCAACCACCAACAAGCGCAUGCCGCUGAAGCUAGCAAUUCCGAGUGGGAAAUAUCAAUUUACCGAACCUCUCGAACAUCCCAGCACUGCGCCGGUUCAAUCUAUGUCGAAACCAUUCGGUGGAACCAAAUUCAACCACACACCGGAGUUUGUAAGUGGAAGUCCACUGACAGCACAUGGAAGCCGGUUCGGAACGAUGUCGCAUAGAUUGGGCGAGUUCGACGAGAUUAAUGACGGCUUCAUGUUGACCUCCCCUUCGAUAUCCGACUUUGACAGCAAUGGAUCGCUACACAUUAGUAGCGUAACGGCGAGCCCAGAGCAUUCUCCUUUAAUAAUGCAUCUAAUGGAGGCAAACUCGCCUGGGACCGCAUCUAGCCAAGGCACCGGAAGUACGUCGUCAAUAACGCGUCUCAUGCGCCUCAGCCCAGCCUUACUGCACAGUUGUUAUCAGCAGCAAGCCAACGAGGAGAUGUCCGACUUGGCCGAUACGGGCAGUAGCAUCGCAUCCAACGGAACACCCACGGUCCCGGUGGGAACAGCGCAUCGCAUUGGCCAGAGCUUGUUCAGCACCAAUGCACCGUCAUCGGCAGGAACAGCAGCAGCAGCAGGUUUAACAACAACAGGCACAAUGCUCGCCAACGCAAACAUCAGCUCAUCACAGGAGUUACUGAACUCCGCGUCCACCAGUAGCAAGAGUUCCAAAGUGUCUUCUUCGACGAGCAGCACCACCACCACGACGUCCAGAAUGGCCAAAACUUCCUCGACACAACGAUUGAUGUCUUCCUCUCUCACAUCCUCCUCCUCCUCAUCGUCGAAAUCUGCCUCGUCAUCGGCGACAGCAUCGUCAGCAGCGGCGGUCAAGCAGGAUCUCGGCGAAAUGCAGAACUCCAUGGCCGAAAUGAAAAACAUGCUUGGCCACGCCAGAACCUCAUCGCAGAUCUCCACUUCCACAUCGUCAUCUUCGACGUCUUCCAAAAUGACUUCCUCCGAGUGUUCCUCGUCGAGUCAAGUGAAAAAAUUAGCCAUGGGAAACAGUUCAUCCAACUUGGUGGAACUUCAGAAGAGACUACGAGCCUCUAUGGACAGCCUGGACGAGCCCAUGACUGAGUACCAGGUUACACACCCGGACUCUGAUGGUGAGAUUAGUAAUAUGAUAGUGAAGAAUCCCGAUGGCACAAUGGUGCAGAAUGGACACUUGGGCAUGAACGGAACUGUAGAUACGGUGAAGUUUGAGCAGAAAAAAACCACAUCCGAAUCGAAAACCAAGGUGGUAAAAGAUGGGUUCAGCCGCGAGCAGGCAACCUUGAAUUCGGCACAGAUGAAAAAACUACACGCUGGGGAUGUCCAAUAUCAGGAGGAGGCGGCUUUGGCCGCCGUGAGCAACAAAACGGAAGUCGAUGGAUUGAAGCACGAGGAGAAAGCUGCGAUUCUGAAUGAAGCACGUUCCCUGAAGAUGGGUGAUUUCCAGCAAGCUGAAGCGAAUAAUAUAGCAGCUCACAGUGUGAAAGUGUCGAGUGAUCAUUUCAGUUCGGAAAAGAAAGCCAUUGCUCAGGCACAACAACGACAAACAGUAACAUCUUCAGGAGUAUUCAACCAGGAGAAGCAUAUUUCUGCGGCUACACAAUCCAACUUCUCGUCCCAUAGUAUGGUUACUUCUACUUCGCAGAUGACUUCUCAUUCGUCGACGAUGAAUGGCACAAUCAACGGAAACUUUCCCAACUUUGAGGAUCUCGAAUGUCUCGCCAACAACCCCAUGAACAUUGAAAACGUUAUACAUAAGUAUUCGAACCAUUUAACGGAUUAUGUUAAGAACCUGCAGCAACAGGAACAGAUACAGAAGGCACCAAGCCUUUUAAACGAAAUGAACGAAAUCAUACAACGAGCCUGGGCUGUUCCAACUCAUGGCCAUGAGUUAGGAGCAAGCCUGUGCGAUACAUUGCGCAAAACAGGAGGAUUGGAUUUGCUCAUGAAGAACUGCGUUGACAGCGACUCAGCUGUUCAAUUUUCAUCGGCAAAAUUAUUGGAACAAUGUCUCACUACCGAAAAUCGCUCACAUGUGGUUAAGAACGGCCUCGACAAGGUGGUAAAUGUUGCUUGUGUUUGCACGAAGAAUAGUGGCACGGAUCAUUCACGAGUUGGAACGGGAAUCCUGCAGCAUCUAUUCAAACACAGUGAAGACACAUGCUCUAAUGUAAUUAGACUAGGAGGUCUGGAUGCAGUCCUAUUCGAAUGUAGGAAAAACGACGUUGAAACGUUGAGACAUUGCGCGGGUGCCUUAGCAAACUUAUCUCUCUAUGGUGGGGCAGAAAACCAAGAGGCGAUGAUCAAUAGGAAAGUACCUUCUUGGUUAUUCCCACUAGCUUUCCACCACGACGAAAAUAUCAAAUACUACGCCUGUCUUGCCAUUGUGGUUCUGGUAGCGAAUAAAGAAAUUGAAGCUGAAGUAAUCAAAUCGGGUACUCUAAACCUUGUGGAGCCUUUCGUAACAUCUCACAAUCCGUCCGAAUUUGCAAAGUCCAAUUUGGCCCAUGCGCACGGCCAAAGUAAGCACUGGUUGCAAAAGUUGGUUCCUGUGUUGAGCUCAAAGCGCGAAGAAGCACGAAACCUAGCAGCAUUCCAUUUCUGCAUGGAGGCAGGAAUCAAAAAGGAACAAGGUAAUACGAAUAUCUUCAAGGAGAUCGGCGCAAUCGAGCCACUCAUCCGAGUAGCAAGUUCACCGAACGCGAUCGCAUCAAAGUUCGCAGCCCAAGCGCUGCGACUAAUCGGCGAAGAAGUUCCUCACAAGCUGUCCCAACAGGUGCCCCUGUGGUCCACCGAAGACGUGCGAGAAUGGGUUAAACAGAUCGGGUUUUCAGAAUACGAGCACAAUUUCUUCGACUCGAAAGUCGACGGUGAUCUAUUGCUGCAAUUGAACGAUGAGAACCUCCGCGAGGACAUAGGCAUGACAAACGGAAUUCGACGCAAGCGUUUCGAACGCGAACUGCAGAAUCUAAAAAGAAUGGCAGACUACAGUUCACGAGAUCCUGACAAUCUGCACACAUUUUUGUACAAAAUUGCUUCCGAAUACACAAUCUACACGUACUCGAUGCUGAACGCAGGAGUUGACAUCGAUUCCAUUCGUAAUUUAGACGACGAUCAACUAAUAGGCGAAUGCGGCAUCACAAACUCCAUCCACCGGUCGCGCAUUUUGAACGCCAUCAAGAACAACGAGACCUCUUCGCUAUCGCUGGAGAAGAGCGCCGAAAAGAGUUUGGACGUGUUCGUCAGCUAUCGGCGUAGCAACGGGUCACAGCUGGCCAGCUUGCUGAAGGUCCACCUUGAGCUGAGGGGAUUCUCGGUGUUCAUCGACGUGGAACGCCUCGAGGCCGGAAAGUUCGAUAACAAUCUGCUGCAAAGCAUUCGCCAUGCGAAACAUUUCUUGCUGGUACUGACUCAAGAUGCCCUGGAACGGUGCGUAGACGAUGUCGAAGGCAAGGAUUGGGUGCAUAGGGAAAUCGUGGCAGCCCUUAAUUCUGAAUGCAACAUCAUCCCAAUUAUCGACAACUUCCAGUGGCCAGAACCGGAACGCUUACCGGAGGAUAUGCGAGGCGUGUGCCACUUCAAUGGAGUUAGGUGGAUCCAUGACUACCAAGAUGCAUGCGUGGACAAACUGGAAAGGUACAUACGGAAUACCCUUAACCGUAACGGUCGCUCUAGCGCGUCGUCGCAAAGAUCGUGCCAUUAGAAAAUUUGUAUUAACUUAUUUUCUCCGAAUCAAAAGCAUAUUCAAGAGAGCAAGAUCUCAUGAUGAUCAAGACAAGCGUUAGAACUGUCCACUGUUUGUGUGAAUGUGUGUUUUUUACUACCAAAUAUUGCUACCACUACCAGUUCACACUAGCGCUAACAAACUACUCAUCACUAGUACUGCCGUCAGCUCUCGCAAAAAAUCUAUUCAGCUGAUCUCAUCUCUAUGUGUUUGUGUUAAGUGUGUCACAGUUCUGGAUAACUGUAUUACGGUAGAUGGUAUGCUAUGCAUAAUGAAAGUUGAAACUAGUGGGACACCCACCGUUGGAUCAACGAUGAGCCCUGCAGUAAGCGUGAUGAGUUCCACCAUGAGUGGCGACUGGCAUCUCUGAAA